CAUUUUCAUAGCCUGCUUCAAAGGUAAUGCUGUGCUGCCUGACAUGUGUCUUCAUCUCGCAAAUACAACAAUUCCCUUUGCUGCAAUGGUUAGAAGUGGAAAAUCAGAACAGUGCCAACCUGGAGAAACAUGAAUCAGGGUCAGACUUGAAGAAGCAUGUGGGCCGCAGGUGUUGUCAGCCCAGUACUAGGCUGCUCGGCUCCACGUGGUGUCCAAACGCAGCUAAAAAGAGGAGCAAAGAGAGGAGAACGUCCUGAUGCUUCCAGAGCCAGACAGCAAUCAUGUCUCUGUACCGCAACUUGGCCUGGUUCCUCAAGGGAAUGACAGAGUUCACCAGGAAUGCCUUCUUGUCAGCUUCCAAGCGCUUUAUGGAGAAGGACCUGGAGGUCUCUUUGGCGGGACGCUCCUUCAUGAUAACAGGAGCAAACAGUGGCAUAGGCAAAGCCACAGCUAUGGCAAUUGCCAGGAGAGGCGGAACGAUCCACAUGGUGUGCCGGAACAAGGAUAAAGCUGAAGAGGCUAGGGCUGAACUUGUCAAGGAGACAGGAAAUAAAGAGAUCUAUGUGCAUAUCCUGGAUUUAUCUGAGACCAAGAAGGUCUGGGAGUUUGCAGAGGCCUUCAAGAGGAAGUACAAGGCUCUAAAUGUCCUGAUUAAUAAUGCAGGCGCCAUCAUGAGUAAGCGGGAAGUGAACGCUGAGGGUCUCGAGAAGAGCUUUGCCACCAAUGUCCUCGCUGUUUACAUUCUCACCAAGAGCCUCAUUCCCUUGCUGGAAAAGAGUGCCGAUCCAAGAGUGAUCACUCUGUCAUCAGGAGGAAUGCUGGUACAGAAGCUCAGGAUAGGGAACCUGCAAACUGAGAGAGGUCGCUAUGAUGGUACCAUGGUCUAUGCCCAACAUAAGAGGCAGCAGGUGGUGAUGACGGAGCAGCUUGCAAAGAUUCACCCGAGCAUCCAUUUCUCUGUCAUGCAUCCUGGCUGGGUGGACACUCCUGCGGUAGCAAAUGCCAUGCCUGACUUCCAUCGCUCUAUGAAGAGCAGCCUGCGGACGCCGGAGCAGGGCGCGGACACUGUGGUGUGGUUGGCUGUGUCUGAGGCCGCCAUUACCAACCCGAGUGGACGCUUCUAUAAGGACCGUCGGAUGGUGGCCACCCACCUGCCUCUGGCCUGGACCCACAGUUCCCCCCUGGAGGAGCAGAAGCUGAUCUCCGCAUUGGAUGACUUAGCCAAGAUGUUCCAGCCACAUUGAGAGCACCACUGCACGCUCAUUAGUAAUAAGCGUGGAGUCUUCAAGGCUGCAAGAAGAGGUCCACCUCUGAAGAUGUCAGCUUUUGUGAGCCACAUUAAACAUAAAUUGCUUUUUUAUGUAUUAACAUACAUGGCUUCACUUUUGUGUCUUGAAGAAUGAACUUUACUCAUUGAGUGUUUGAUAUAUUCAAUAACUUUUCAUUCUUAGAGAGCAUUAGAAGAAUCUCCUACACAUUCUCUUUAUACUGGGACUUUUUGAAAGUAGUCAAUCAGAUGGGAAUCUGAUCUGACCAGUCUCAGCCACUAUUUAUUCACCCAGACCUAGCUGUGGAGUCUUCCUAAUUCUUGUGUCUAUGGUUAGUAUGUGUAAUUAAUAGAACUGUAUGUUGUUUCUUGUCUUGCAAUGUUGCACCUUGUGUUGAAGAUGGGGGUGAAGUGCUCUUUUUGGCCCUUAAAUGCAAAACAUUGAAGCAAUUUGUGCAGUGAAUAUAUGCAUGUAUACCUAAUACACAGCGCCUUUUAAAGCAAGCUGCUUUAAUGUCAUGAUUUAAAUUUGUAAAAGCAUUGACAAAUAAAGAAAAAAGGAGAGUA